CUGAUACCAACUGUUCCCGAAGAAAACACCUGAAUCAACGACCAGAUUCCUAAGUAUUUGGCCACAGUGUUUGGAAGGUCAAAGGAAAAACAACAUGAGGUGCUACUAGACAAUUGAGUGGAGUAAAUGUCAAGGUGCUGAGAAACAACUGUACUAGGAACAGAUCACAUGAAGAAACAACACGACUCAGUCGAUGGUACUUCUAUAUGUCUACUACAACCCCUCUCUCGAGGUCGUAGUCCCUCUUUUUUCAGGUGGCAUGUUCCAGACCAUGGACCAUGAAGUGAAAGUCUAUGUGUUUCAUGUCUUCUCCAAACGAGAUCUGAGGAACGCGACCUUUGACGAUGACAUGGGUUGGAAUUUCAAUGGCUUUGGCCCGUGGGGUUGCCUCGAUGCCAGUGACCAAUGGUGCUUUCAUUGCUACCAUGUUGGAGGGGAAUGUGGGCAAGGCCUUUUCUACAACCUCUUCUACUUAGCUGAUAGCGUGCAUCCUGGCACAGGUCGAUGUCGUGAACGUGAGGGGAAAGUGGGAAUGAAAGGGACCUGGUAGGUAAUGCCUUCCAUGUCUUUUUGGGAGGUUAUACAACUAUAGAUCAUCGCAUAGGCAUGCUGUAGGAAUUUGCUAUUGAUGCAUAGGAUUUUUGCAAUCUACUUGUGCCCUGGAGUAGUUGAUUUUCCUAUCUUACCCAAGCAGUAGACCAGAAUGCAAUAACGUCAAAUGCACAGGAGCACAAAUCCAUGAAAAUCCGGCGGAAGAAGCUCCGAGAGGUUCUAGACACAGGCCUGGUGCUCAGACUAAGUGAGAUUUGGUUUGUCUCUCCGACUGGGUUCCACCUUCCCACAGCCUUCCCACAUUAGGGGCAGAGGGUUGAUAUGGGUGGUUGAACCAGAUUUUUCAGAUUUCUUUGGGAAGAUUUGCGGCAUGUGAGUUCCCUGCCCGCUUCUUUCCACUUUUUGGACACAGAUCUAAGUCUGUUUGCGCAGCCGCUUCAAAUAGGGAUUGGAGGUCAGACUUCUUUCGCUGAACCUCGCGGAUCCUCGGGCCGCAAGCUUCCUUCACCCUCGCAAGGUUCGACAGAUGCUCAGUUCGAAGUCAGUCCCAGACGCGACCUGUCUGGGACUGGCAUAGGACUGCCGCCCCAUUGACCCCAGGUCAACCAAUGUAGCCAAGCAUGGCAGGUCUGUAAAGUCCCAUGGGGUGUUUAGGAGUGAAAGCCACAAAUUGCCUCUCAAAGAUAGUCAAAUCCUGUCACGCAUCGACUGACAUGACUCGCGACAAGGCUGCCGGAGCCGAACCGGAUCCAUGUCCAGAAUCCUCAUGAUGUCCUAGUCCACCUGGUCCACCACAUCCAGCCCCCAACCAUGCACGACACCAUUCGAUCCACCGCGGCGAAAACCCUACUGCUUAGGCACCACUUACUGCUUCGGCCGCGUCCGCGCGAGUCCUGCGAGGUUUUCGUGGGCUCUGGCGGCGGAGGGUGCUGUGCGACCCAUCGGAGUCAUGCUCGACGGCUGCCGAUGGCUUCAUGAGAACUCCGUCCGAGUGCGGGGCUUCCCCACCGUGCCGAGUCCCUGUGAGGACUUCGUCCAGCAAGGACGUUGUGGCGAGAUCGUCGCAUAUCACAAGGUCAUCGAGGGUCGCGGGUGCGCACUGAAGUUGCUACCUGAAGGGAAGCUCAAGUUGUUUCCUUCAGACGAAGAUGAGAGCUUGUACAUCGGAAGCACUCAGCCGACCUACGCCAUUGAAGAAGCUGAACAAA